AUGAGUGAUGACUCGAUUGCAGUGCAGCGGCUACGUCAAGAGCGUAGAAAUUGGAGACGAGAUCACCCAGCGGGAUUUUGGGCACGUCCCAUCGCCAACGAUGACGGCUCGCUUAAUCUCAUGAUGUGGCACGCGGGCAUACCGGGCAAGGCUGGUACAAAUUGGGAGGGUGGCGUGUUUAAGAUGUCACUGGCUUUCUCGGAGGACUACCCAAGCAAACCGCCACUUGUAAAGUUUACUCCGCCGUUGUACCAUCCUAAUGUUUAUCCGUCCGGUACAGUUUGUUUAAGUAUUCUCAAUGAGGACAAGGACUGGAAACCGAGUGUAACUAUCAAACAGAUCCUUAAGGGUGUGCAAGACCUGCUAGACCAACCUAAUAUGGCCGAUCCUGCACAGCGUGAACCAUACAUGGAUCUCAAGAAUGACCCUGAGCUUUAUAACCGCAAGGUACGGCAACUGGCGCUUAAGAAUCGUGAGAGUUAG